ACAACCAACAUGACCUCAUCUGUUCUGUUGACUUUUGCUCUGGCUUGGAUUUGCUUCUUUUCUGUCUGUGGCAGGCCGACAGGUGUCCACCUGCGUAACAUGGACAGUUUCAUCCGAGCUGUGCAGCAGGUUGAAGACUCCAACUCUGGUCUGUCCCCCUUGGCUCUGGUCAUGGCCUUGCGGCGGACUGCAGGCCACGAUGAUGCAAUGACCAUCCAUUACUUGGGAGCUUCAAAUAAUCUCAGUGAUACUGAAGCCCUAGAGCAAGCAAUCCUCAAUUGUUCGUCCUUCAGCUUUUUUGACAAGGCUAUCCACCAUAUUGUGACAGACCAUAGAGAGGAACGAGGGGUGGUCCUCGCCCCAGAUGGCACUACGGUCGCCCUUGCGCCCUUACUGCUAGGAAUCGAGUCAGGACUAAAAGCAAAUAUAGAGAGAAAGCCAGCAGCUGGAAUAUUCUCUCUUACUUUGGGCAGGACACUGGGUCUGUCCUUCAUCAGCCUCCAGGACUUUCCACCAUCUCACCGUCUAGGGCCCAGUGGGUGCUGGGACAGCCUGGACCACCCUAAAGUGUUCAAGCUGUCUCUGCCUGCCACUCUGGCCACUGAUGCUAUGAUUAAUGGUGGUAUGGAUGGAUUUAUACUGGGCAAGAACCUCAGUGAGCUCAGUAGUUUAGGAGAGCCAGAGGCCCUCAGUAAGAUUCUGAAACGAUACUACAGUUUUAUUUUGCACAAGGGACAAGGACUUGAUGCUGUGACCAGCCAUAUUAGCCCAAGGCGAAGGGAGAUCUCCAGGUCCCUGCUGGACACACUUGAUCUUCAAAGCCAGGUGAUGGAGACACUAGCAUUGGUCUGGGAGCUGGAGCACACAGAAUGGAUUGCUAUGGACACUGGAAAUGAGGGGGCAGUGAAAGAUGGACUGCAUGAAUUUUUGCACAAAUACUGGGACUGUCCUCACAUCAUCACUCCUUGUCAGUGGGGGGCAAAAGCAAGCCGGGACACCCCAGUCCCUCUGUCUCUGCCCCUACCUUUUCUGUAUGUCCACCACACCUAUGAGCCAUCCUCGCCCUGCUUAUCCUUCACUGAGUGCUCUCGUGACAUGAGGGCCAUGCAGCGUUACCAUCAGGAAGGCCGUGGUUGGAGUGACAUAGGAUACAGUUUUGUGGUCGGCUCUGACGGCUACAUCUAUGAAGGCAGAGGGUGGAGACACCUUGGCACACACACCAGGGGCCACAAUAGCAUUGGGUAUGGGGUGUCGAUCAUUGGUAACUACACAGCUACCCUUCCUUCAAGCCAUGCCAUGGACCUGUUGCGCUAUCGUCUGACCAAAUGUGCGGUAGAUGGAGGAAGACUGGCAGCAAACUUCACCAUCCAUGGCCACAGGCAGGUGGUGAACACCACCUGCCCUGGAGAUGUUUUCUUUUCAGAAAUAAAAAGCUGGGAACACUACAGGGAUUAACAGGAGCCCCACAAGCAUAUUCAUAUUCUCACACAUCAGUAAAGCUUUUCAGGGUUUGACAAGUGUUAAGUCAAUUAAAACGAUUUUACUAUAUAAAAACGA